AUGGACGAACCUUCGCAGUCCACGAAAAGGCGGCUCGACACGAGUCUCGAGACCCCUUCAUUACCCGCCGCGAAACGAGUACGAUUAUCCAAGACGAACCUACAGCAACCAGCGCCGAAGCGCCCUAGAGCCUCGUUUCUCGAAGAUCAUGGCAGUCCGACAGAUACAAUUUCCGAGUGGCUCGAGUCUGUCGGAUCAGACCGAGAAAGACGCUGCCGGUCAGACAGCUACCUUCACCACUCGAGUGAUGACCCCAUCUCAAGGGACCUUAUGAGAUCAGCACCAGAGAUGGCCUACGCAUGGGAUGCCGAUGAUUAUGCUAUACCACCAACACCUGAUCCAUCCAACAGAUCAAUUGCCCCGUCAGACUCUGGCUCAAGCCGAUUAUCAAGAGCCCUCGUUGAAGACCCAUAUUACCGAGACCAGAACUUGGCUGCCAACCAUGUCCACAUGCGCCACCGCGACGAACAACUUCCCGAACACGUUGCCAACAUCGUCGAUUACGCACGCAGGAACCGCGACCUGAUGUACCCAUUCUUCGUCAUCGAAUUCAAAGGCAAUGGUGAAGAUCUCUGGGUAGCAACGAACCAAUGCCUCGGAGACUCCGCAUCAUGCAUCAACAUCGCUGAACGCCUUAAUCGUCAAUUAAGGGAAAGCAAGAGCAGCAAGGUCAAACCAGUUAAUAGCACCGCAUUUAGCAUCGCCAUGAACGGUACUGAAGCACGACUCUAUGUCUCAUGGAAGCAUAACGAACUGGACUACUAUAUGCAGAAAGUGAAGAGCUUCUUGCUCCAGGACCCAGAGCAUUAUAUCGAAUUCCGCAAGCACGUCAAGAAUAUCAUCGACUGGGGAAAGGACCAGCGUUUGAAGGAGAUUCGCGAAUCAUUGGACACUCUUUUGGAAGAAAGCCGGAGGCGAGCCUCCGAAGCGGCGAAAUCUCGCCCACCACCGACUAAGGACUCAACCAGCAAGAGCAAAAAGCCCAAACCCCCUCCAUCGCGUUGA